AUGACUCUUGCCGAGAGCAAAGCAAUUAUUGGUAAGCCAGCACCUGAAUUUAGAACAACUGCAGUCAUCAAUGGUGAUUUUAAGGAGGUUUCGUUGGCACAGUUCAAAGGCAAAUACAUCGUGUUGUUCUUUUAUCCACUUGAUUUCACAUUUGUUUGUCCAACGGAAAUUAUUGCAUUUUCUGAUCGCAUUGCUGAUUUCAAAGAGUUGGAUGUAACGGUUUUGGCGUGCUCUACUGACUCCCACUUUUCACACUUUGCUUGGGUAAAUACUCCACGUAAGAUGGGCGGUCUUGGACAAAUGAAUAUACCAAUUCUUGCUGAUACAAAUCAUGCAAUUAGCAAAGCAUAUGGCGUACUAAAGGAAGAUGAGGGAAUUGCAUAUCGCGGAUUAUUCAUUAUUGAUCCGAAAGGGAUUUUGCGACAAAUAACAAUUAAUGAUCUUCCUGUGGGUCGAUCCGUUGACGAAACUUUGCGUUUAAUUCAAGCAUUUCAAUUUGUUGAUAAGCAUGGCGAAGUGUGUCCUGCAAAUUGGCAUCCAGGAGAUGAUACGAUCAAACCUGGAGUGAAAGAUAGCAAAUCGUACUUCGAAAAACAUUAA